GGUUGUGCAGAUGCUUACAGAACCGGAAGUGGAGAGACGCCGAGGGAAGGUCACGCAGCGGACCGAUUGACCUCUAAAGACUCGCCUUUCCUGAAGGAAAAGUCCAGAAGAGGAAGAGCAAAAAAAGGAGUCAGGAAUGGCUGUUUCUCAGUUGACCUUCGAGGAUGUGGCCAUCGAGUUCUCCCAGGAGGAGUGGGAGUGCCUGGACGCUGCUCAGAGGGCCUUGUACAGGGACGUGAUGCUGGAGACCUGCAGGAACCUGCUGUCCCUGGAUACGUCAGAAGUACAUGUGAUCAAGAAAUUACAACUAAAAGCAAGCACUGAGAGAGGAGAACUAUUCCAAACAGCGAUGUUGGCUGGACAUGAAAGGAAUAAAAUAAAACACUUUUACCUCAGGAGCAUCCGAGAAAAUACAUAUGACUUUGAGUCACAGCAGACAGAUGAGGCAGGAAAUUACAACGCAAUGAGUGUAACCCAUAAGAAAAACCUUACUGAUAAGAGAGAUCAACAUGAAAAUAUUGCAGGAAUCAAGCCUGUGGAUAAAGGGCCUGCAUUAAGCUCUCUGGACAGCCUGCAUAUUUUUAAAAGUGAGGAGAAAAUUGAUGAGUUUAAUCAAGCCAACAAGAGUAUCAAUAAUUGUGCCUCAUUUUUACCACUUCCAGGAAUUUCUUCUAGUAUCCAGACCAACAUUCGUAACAUACGUGGCAAUGGUUUUAUGCAUCCUUUAAUACUAACACAAGACCAGAAAGCACACAGGGAAAGACCUUAUAAAUGUAAUCAGUGUGGCAAAGCCUUUGUUCAGGAAUCAUACCUCAGUAGACACCAGAUCGUCCACACAAGAGAGAAAUUACAUAAAUGUGAUGUAUGUGAAAAAGUCUUUAGUCGAAAUUCCUACCUUGCAGUUCAUCAGAGAAUUCAUACCGGAGAGAAACCUUACAAAUGUAAUGAGUGUGGAAAGGCCUUUAGGCAAAAAGGAACCCUUGGAGGUCAUCAGAGAAUUCAUACUGGAGAGAAACCUUACAAAUGUAACGAGUGUGGGAAAACCUUUAAUCAUGGCUCCCACCUCACGAAACAUCAGAGAAUGCAUACAGGAGCAAAACCAUAUCAAUGUGAUGUAUGUGGGAAAGUCUUUAGUCGAAAUUCAUCCCUUGCAGUUCAUCAGAGAAUUCACACUGGAGAGAAGCCUUAUAGAUGUACUGCAUGUGGCAAAACCUUUCACGAGGGCUCAAGCCUCAGGAGUCAUCAGUUAAUCCAUACAGGAGAAAAAUUACAUAAAUGUGUCGUAUGUGGCAGAGUCUUUAGUCAUCGUUCAAACUUUACAAGACAUCAGAGAAUUCAUACUGGAGAGAAACCUUACAAAUGUAAUGAGUGUGGCAAGGUCUUUCGUCAAAAAGCAACCCUUGUGAGUCAUCAGAGAAUUCAUACUUAGGAGAAACCUUUCAAAAGGAAAGGGUGUUGAAAAGCCUUUACUCAGAUCUCAAUCCUCACUACACAUCAGGAAAUAAAUACAAAGGGGAAACCAUAUUAAUGUGAUGUAUGUGGGAAGGUCUUCAUUCAAAAUUGGUACAUUAAGUUUGUGCGAGAUUUAUCCUGGGGAGAAAUGGUGGACAUGUCAUGAGUGUGGCAAAGCCUCACCAUCAGAUAAUCCAUAAUGGACAGAAAUUGUAGAAAUGUAACGAAUGUCUCAGUGUCUUCAGUCAAAAUUCAUACCUCAGGGUCCACCAACAACUUUGUAAAUCAAUUGGAGUUCAAAAAAAAGGAAUCUACCAGGGAAUUCAUACUGGAAGGAAAGCUUACAAAUGUAGAAGUGUUCCUGGAUCCACCACGGCCCCACAGCAACGGCUUGGAGAAACCGCGUUCCCAACCACUGAAUUGGUGUUGAGUCUCAUGAUCCAUGCACGCGAGCAACAACUUUUUACUGCAACCGUUGUUGUUAAGAGGAAACAUCUUAGUCUCCGACAUAAGUGCCCACAGAAGUGUAAGCUUUUACCUCAAAACUGCAACAGACUGUAACUUGAAAGGAGCGGGUAAAGGUACAGGGAAGCACCAUCACCUCCCCGCUCCUGCCCCGCCCUCCAGGUCUAUCUGGGUUCCCUCCUCGCCCCACCACUAGCCCCGCCCCUCCGCUGGCGCUCCGCCAGGGCCCGCUCCCGGAAGUCCCGCCUCCGCGCAUGCGCAGUUUCCUACGGAUCCGGAAGUGGAGCGUGCUGAGGGAGGGUCACGCUGCUCUGCUUUCUAGUGCAAAUCUGUGCUGUUCCGUCGUCUUUAUUCCAGCCUCAGGGUGUGAGGGUCACUACAGACCUAAAAUCCCAGCACCCAGCUGUCCGCCAUGUAAAUCCAGACAUCGCUGCUCCAGGUGAGGUAUUUUUUCCUUUGGGUUUGAAAUCACUCUGAGGCUGGUCUUUUCCCUUGGCUUUUCUGUGUUUAGUCUAAGGAGAUGAUACAGGAACAGUGGGGCGCGAGUGGAUGGCGGUGUUUCAGGUCUUCGGCCAGUCUUUGGCAUGCGCCUGACCAAGUGAGGGUCCUUGGCUUCCUGCAGUAAAAAAUUCAAGAGUGAGUUAUAAGAGAGUGAAGGUAGACUUAUUCAGAGAGAGAGAGAUAAUCCACAGAUGAGUGGAAGCGAUCUCAAAAGGCAAGAGGAAGGCCCUGAGGUGCAGGGUGGUUAGCUUUUAUGGACUUGAUAACUUCGUAUGUUAGUAAGUGGAGGAUUAUUACAACCCCUUUGGGGAAUGGGCUGGGAUUCCCAGAAAUGGGGCCAUCACUCAGUUUUUAAUCUUUCAUGGUUAGCUUCGGAACUAUCCUGGCAAGUGUGGGAGUGCCAUUUACCAUGUUAAUAUAUUACAAUGAGCUUAUAAGGAGGCUCUAAGUCUAGUGGGAGUUGACCCUUCCGCCAUCUUAGUGCUAAUUGCUGUGUCAUUCUUCUACUGGUUGUACCCUGUCCCCUUCCCUCCUCUCUCAUGGACAGUGCCUUGCCAGAUAUUUUUGUGCUUAAACCCAUUUACUCCCACUGCCCCCUCCAUCUAAAGUCCUCUUCCUCCCGGUGGAUUUGCGCCCCAGCCUCACCCUCUCCGCCCCUGGAGGGCAGCACCAGCUUCUCCGCUCCCGUGAGGCCACGUUUUCUCCCGGGUCCCGGGAUUCUGGAGAGCCCGGCCCUCUCCUGAGACACCUUCCAGGCCAAGCCUCUCUCUCCUUGGAUCCUUCUGAGAUCGGUCUUUAUGCUCUGAAGGCGUCCUCUUCACAGUCAACCCAUCCCUGACAUCGUGUAGGGGUAGGUGACCUGGACCAGCCAUAUGACACCCAGUGUUGUUUGGUUCCCAAAUCCCACCCAGCUGGAAAUGGUCUUUUCUGUUCCUGGCGAAGGGGAUCAGGAAAAGUAGAGAUGAAGGGCCACUGAGAGAGAGAGAGAGACUGAGAAGGAGAAAAUGAGGGAGAACCAGUGGGAAUGUUAAGGAUGGUUCAGGAUCUUACAGAGAGACAGUAAAAUGAAAGAGUGUUUAGCCAUGAAUGUAGCCAAUGAAUAGAGAAGUGAAUAAAAAACCCGGAUCUGCAGGGAUUGGAGAGCAACAUAAGGAGAGGGGCGCUGGAUCAGCAUAGGAGCGGGGCUAACACCGGUGAGGCAUUUCACACAGAGAGUAGGUGUUACCGAGUGACACUUUGUGUGUCCAAGUCACAUUGAAGCCAAACAAACAGAAAUGGAGUUUGGAGCUGAGAAAGGUUUAUUGGGAGGCUGAGUAAGGAGUAAUAAAGAGAAAAUUUUAGAGAAUUUUUUUUUUACUGCUUUUUAGUAUUUAAACUUUUUAGUCUUUGUUUUUUUGUUAUUUUUCUCUUAGUAUUUUGGGUUGCAAAUAAAGAAAGCUUUAGAUGCACUAUGAAAGAUCUAAAAUUGGAGAAUUUGGAGUGUUUCUUUGGUUAAUGUGGGGUUCUCACUGGGGCACAUUUAUCACUUGGAACAUCUUUUAUCUGUAGUGUUUGGAGAUGACAGUGUGUGAUCUGUGAUCACUGGGAAUGAAAGUAUGGUGUUUUGCAUCUAGGUAUUCCUUGGGUGUCUUCAUAUGUAUUUUCCCCUUUGGCACGAUUUAGUAGGUUUUGGGAUGUUUUCUGGUAUUUUAUAGCAGGAUGAGUGGAUAUGGGUUUUAUGGAGACUUGGAUUCCAUGAGCAUUUGUAAGUUCACUUGAGUCUAUAAGGGAAGUUAUGAGCACUAAGCUUCAAAUGGCAGAAGGUUUUUGUUAGAGGGACUCUGCUGGGUGUGUCUGUGGACACAGUUUGAGAGGGGCCAUUGAGUUCUUUGAUGUAGGGAAAGAUUGUUCCAAGAAUCAGGGCCAGCAACACCACAGUGAUAGGCAGUGCAGAGCUCAUCCUUUUGGGAAGGAGUAGCUACUACGUUAUUGCUGCCAUACUAGCGAUGGUUCCUCUACUUCCCUCUCCUUAUCUGUCUCAAAACAUGUGCAUGAGCGCUCACACACGUACCAUACAGAGAACAGGGAACCCUUGUGCUUUGCUGUUGCGAAUGUUAAAUGGCACGGCCCUUAUCUAAGACAAUAUGGUGGUUAGGGAAUAAAUUCAACAUAGAACAGGCACACAAUCUAUGAAACCCACCUCUGGCUAGAUAUGCAAAGAAAGUGAAAUUAUUAUAGUGAGGGAAAUAUUUGCAGUCCAGUGAACAUGAUUGCAUUAUUCAUAACAGCGACGAUAUAGAAAUUUUAAAAAGUCUGCUGAGAAAUGAGUAGAUAUAGAAGUUUCUGUUAGUCAUAAAUUAUUAUUAUGACAUCUGACCUUACUAUUAUUAUUUCUGACAUGAUUAGCACUGCAGAAGACAGACAUUAUAUGUGGGAAGCAGAAAUGUCAAUUCAUAGAGCUAUAGUUUAUGAAAGUUGUUACCAGGGGUUGGGUGGCGGGGGGAAGUGGGGAGAUGUUGGUCAAAGGUUGCAAAUGUUCAGUUGUGAAAUGAAUAAGUACAACAUGUAAAUCUAAUGCACAGAAUGCUCACUAUAGUUAAUUACACUGUGUUUCUGUAUACUUGGAAUUUACUGAGAAUAAAUCUUAAGUGUUCUCACCCCACAGACACAAGUUGGUAAUUGUGACUUGAUAGGAGUGUCAGUUACUUUAUUGUGACAAUUGUUACACAGUGUAGACAUCUGUCAGAUAAUCCCGUUGUACACUGCAUAUGAACACCAUUGUUAUGCAUCAGUUAUAUAACUCAGGAAAGCUGGGAAAGAAAAAGGAAGUGGAGGUGCGCUGGGCUUGCCUCUGAGUGGUGCUCAACCCACGCUUCACGUUAUUAGAUCAGUCAGGCAUUCUGCAUAUACAUGUUUUAUACCCUCAGACCAGAAAUUCCCAUUCAUUCAGUCUGUGUGGGGUUCAACCUCAUUAAUAUUUAAGGAGCCCCAGGUGAUUCCAGUCUGGGUCCCUCACUGAGCAUCCUGACUCUGAGUCCUCCCAUCCUGAGGGCUGGGAUCCGGGCUGAGGGGGAGGGGGCUCUGCUUUGCAUGGGGAUGGAUCAGGGCCUGGUCUGUGACCUGAAGGGGGCUGUCGGGUCCAGCUGAGGUGCACACUGCUGCCGUGUAGGGGAGGGGCUCACCAGGAGGGGAGGGUGAUCUGAGGACAGCGUGGGGAAAUUCCGUUGUUUGUCUGUGUGUGGAGUUUCCUGUCCUGAGUCCCUCCUGUGACAGCGGGCAGCAGAGGACUGUGUUCCACGUAGUGGGGUCUCCCCUGUGUGUGUGGUUGUGGCACAGGAAGGGCUGUGUUGAUUCUCAGCAUUAAGCUGCAUCUUUCCAACUUUCAAAUUGAGUUCUCAAGACUCAUGUUGCAUGAGGAAGAAGCCCAGGAGAGGAGGAAGAGGAGAGAAAAGAGGUCAGGAAUGGCUCUUUCUCAGGUAAAGUCAUAUUCUCAGUUGAUUGUUUCAACUGUGCUUCCUGAAAUGCCCUUCUUUGGAUUUGCUAAUCUGUCUGACUCUGAAGUAUCCAGCCUGACACCUGUUCAUUCAGUCACCCGGCACCUUCCUUCUUUCAGGACCUGUCUUCUCCACUUACAUUCCAUCUCCUCACAAGAGUCGGAUUUCACAGUGAUGGUCAGAGUCCCUUCAGACAAGUUCUCAGAAGAUGAAACAGAUUUGCAACAGCAUCAGAGUUGUGCCAUAUUGUCAGUAAAUGACAAAAAGUCUUAAAAGUGCUUAUUAUUGAAGACCUAAUGAAAGGUCAAUAUAAUGAGACUAACAAACAGAUCUGCUUAUUUCUGUGAUGUAUAUUUUAACAUUAUGAUAGAUAACAUUAUUUUAAGACAUCUUAGAAUUUGAAGAAUUUCAUACAAUUGUGAAAUACAUUAACAUACAUCUAGACAAAUAUAAGGUUCAAAUAUUUGGUUUGUUUGUUUAAUUUG